AUGCUCUCUACCCUACGACUGACUGCCUCUUGGGCCCCUGUUGCCCUUGGCCGUAUCGCCUCGACCCUAUCGGCCCGGCCCGUCAGUGACCAAGUCCGUCUUUGCACCUCUGCUGCCGCGAUCACUAUGAAACGCCCGCCGCCGCCUCCAACAGCACCUAAAGUCUCACUGCGUACUGAGCCCGCUGUCCACGACCACUGGUCCGAUACGCCCAGUAGAUCUGAUGAGGUUAGGUCGUCUGAUGCUUAUGAGUUCGACAGCCGCGAAAGGGGACGCGGUGGAGCCUAUUCCCGUGGUAACAGCGUGAGCGACACUGAAGCCUUUGCUGGUAGUGGGCUCCAGCCGAUCAACUGGCAGGGAGAGGCGCUGACGCCUUUCACUAAAAAGUUUUAUAAGGAGCAUCCGGAAGUAGCAGCGUUCACUGAUGAAGACUGUGCUGCUUUCUUGGCUGAGGCUGAUAUCACGAUACAAGGUUCCCCACCUAUUCCUAAACCCAUAAGGACGUUCGAGCAGGGUCAGUUCCCUGAGGUGCUCAUGAAAGAACUCGACAAGGCCGGUUACACUGAGCCCACGAACAUACAGAAGAUAGGUUGGCCCGUGGCCCUCUCGGGAAGGGACAUGGUUGGUGUGGCACAGACUGGCAGCGGCAAGACCGUCGCUUUUAUGCUCCCGGCCAUCAUACACGUAAACGCUCAAGCGCCGUUGAAACACGGUGAUGGUCCUGUAGUGUUGGUGUUGGUCCCGACCAGAGAGCUGGCCAUGCAAGUCCAGACUGAGGCCACUAGAUUCGGCAAGAUGGCUGGCGUUAUGAACACAGCUAUCUUUGGUGGUGUGCCUCGCUAUAACCAAGCCAACGAUCUCCGUCGAGGCGUUGAGAUCUGUAUCGCCACUCCAGGACGGCUCCUUGACUUUCUCGAGACUGGUGUGACCAACCUCAAGCGCGUCACGCCCGACCGCCAGACUACUAUGUGGAGUGCUACCUGGCCCAAGGAGGUGCAAUCGUUGGCGAGGGACUUCUGUCGUGAGGAGCCUAUAAGGCUCACUGUUGGCAACACGCAGUUGCAGGCUAAUCCUGAUGUGAAGCAAAGGGUCGAGGUGGUCCCUGAGAUGGACAAGAGACAGAUGUUUUUCGACUGGAUCAAGGAAACGUCGGCGACUCUUUGGAGUCGCAUUAUAGUAUUCACUGAGACUAAGAAGGGCGCAGAUGCUUUGACCAGGGAGAUGAGGUACAACAACUUCAACGCAGCGUCUAUUCAUGGCGAUAAGGAACAACGUGAGAGGGAUAGGAUACUGAACGACUUCAAGACUGGUCGCUGUAAUGUAUUGGUGGCGACCGAUGUUGCUCAGCGUGGACUUGAUAUUAAGAACGUUGAGUGGGUGGUCAACUACGACAUGCCUAAGACCAUCGAAGACUAUGUCCAUCGGAUCGGCCGUACAGGAAGGGCCGGCGCUGUAGGCAAUUCACUCACAUUCAUAACUAACGACACUCACACCCCUGAUAGAGUGAGGAUGGCCAAGGACAUCGUCAAAUGCAUGGAAGACGUCAAACAGGUGAUCAUACGAGCCUUUACCAUCUAG